CCCUGGGACGCCAUUUUGGAGGAAAGUUUGGAAUUUCUGACACAUAGGAAGAAAAAAAAGAGGAGGAGGGAAGGAAAGAAGUUUGACGUUUAGGAAAAGAAUCCUCGGUUGCUGCGAAGGCGAAAGAGAAUGAAGCGAACCGCGGACGCGACGAUCUGAAUCGCUUGUGUUCACACUCAGCCUUUUGCAGGCGCAUGACUGGGAGGUGUAUAUUUACAGUUUGGGGAGUUUUUGGAAGCCCUCCUGCAACUGGCGGCGACAUAUGUUCAGCUUUCUCCCGCAGCCGCGGAGCAGAUUUGGCGGCGGAGGCUGAAUUUCAGCGUCUGGAUGUGUUUUGAAUGGAAACGCGGGGCUGUCAGCGGAAUAAUAACGCUCAAGUGCGACUGACAGGUUGAAGAAGAAGAGGAAGAAGAAGUAGUGCAGCUCGACUCCUAAAAAAAACCCAGAGGCUCGUUUUUGUAGCAGCCCGAACCGUCCUCAUGUUUACCGGAUAAACAUUUGAGUUUCAUGCCAACUGCGUCUAACUCACCCCGCCGUGAGACUCGUGUUGGGACAGGAGCGUUUUGUUGUCGUGUUUGUCGUUCGUUUCUUUCGCGAGCCACCGUGCUGGAUUGGUUAUUAUUAUUAUCGUGCACGAGCCCAACCGAAACAUGCCAGUCAGGAAAAAAGAUGCACAGAGGGCUCUGUUACUGCUGGAGGAAUAUCGGUCAAAACUUAGUAGCACUGAAGACAGACAGCUGAGGCACUCCAUCCAGAGAGUCAUUGACAUCUUUCAGAGUAACCUCUUCCAGGCUCUUAUAGAUAUCCAGGAAUUUUACGAAGUGACCUUAUUAGAUACUGAGAGAUGUGGGGAAUUGGUGAAAGUGCCCGAUGCAUUGCCUCCAGUCAACCUGUGGGACUUCUCCAGCAUCCAAAGCACAACGGUGACUUCAGACACCCUGCCCAGCCUUAGCACCAGCAUAGAGGACUCUCCCCUCCUAAAUGAAAUCCUUCAUGUGCUUGCUAAAGCCAAAUCUUCCUCCAGUGACCUGGACCAAAAGUACAGACACCAAGAUGAAGACACAGGAUCUCCACAGGAGCCGAGUUCGCCACAGUUCACCGAUGAUACUCCUGGGCCUGAGCUGGUGCAAGUGGCUGAGAAGAGCCUCUCCCAGAUUGAAAAUGUCCAUGGCUUUGUAGCACAUUCACAUAUCUCCCCAAUGAAGGUUGAAUCGCUGGAAUGCAUCUUCGACGGGCCAUCGCCUGUAGUGAAGGAGGAGAGUCCUCCGUCUCCUUCUACUCCUCUUUCCAACCCGUAUCCUCAAAGCCCUGUGAGCGUCCAGCAGACAGAUGCUGUCCCACCCUCCACUCUCAUAAUCCCUGUGAUCCCAAUCUCCACUGUCCCUACGGAGCCCGCUGUCAUCUCUCCAUCAACGUCACAGGCAAAUCCUCCCCCUGUCGUGGUAAAUACAGAGAGCUUGGACUCAGCUCCAUAUGUUAACGGUACAGAGGCUGACUUUGAGUAUGAAGAGAUCACGCUGGAAAGGGGGAACUCAGGCCUGGGCUUCAGUAUCGCCGGUGGCACAGAUAACCCUCACAUUGGUGAAGACCCCAGCAUUUUCAUCACUAAAGUCAUCCCAGGGGGCGCUGCCGCUCAGGAUGGCAGAUUGCGGGUGAAUGAUGUAAUUCUGCGAGUGAACGAGGUGGACGUCAGAGACGUCACCCACAGUAAGGCUGUGGAGGCGUUGAAGGAGGCAGGCUCGCUGGUCAGACUGUAUGUCAGGAGGAGAAAAUCUGCCUCAGAAAAAGUCAUGGAGAUCAAGCUCAUCAAAGGACCCAAAGGUCUCGGUUUCAGUAUAGCAGGGGGUGUUGGGAAUCAGCACAUCCCAGGGGACAACAGCAUCUACGUCACCAAGAUUAUUGAAGGUGGAGCUGCGCACAAAGAUGGGAGGCUGCAGAUAGGAGACAAACUUCUUGCUGUGAAUAGCUCCUGCUUGGAGGAGGUUACCCAUGAGCAUGCCGUGACUGCCUUGAAAAAUACCCCAGAUGUGGUCUACUUGAAAGUGGCUAAACCCAACAGUGUCUUCAUGAACGACAGUUUUGCUCCUCCUGACAUCACCAACUCCUAUUCCCAACACAUGGAAAACCAUAUCAGUCCUCCGAGUUAUCUCAGCCAGCCGCUGCCUCCGGUGCAUUCUGGACGCUUCUCCCCAACCCCGAAGACCACAGUGGGGGACGAUGAUGUCACAAGGGAACCCAGGAAGGUGGUGUUGCAUCGAGGCACUACAGGUCUGGGCUUCAACAUAGUGGGUGGAGAGGAUGGCGAAGGUAUAUUUAUUUCCUUCAUUCUGGCUGGAGGCCCCGCAGACCUGUGCGGAGAGCUGAGGAAAGGAGACCGCCUGGUGUCUGUGAAUGGAAUUGACCUCCGUGGUGCAACUCAUGAACAGGCCGCAGCGGCCCUGAAAAACGCCGGACAAACAGUCACCAUCGUGGCCCAGUACAGACCAGAAGAGUACAGCCGAUUUGAAGCCAAGAUCCAUGACCUCCGAGAGCAGAUGAUGAACAGCAGCAUCAGUUCAGGCUCAGGAUCCUUGAGGACCAGUCAGAAGAGAUCACUUUAUGUCAGAGCACUGUUUGAUUAUGAUAAAACGAAGGAUUCGGGGCUGCCCAGUCAGGGCUUGAACUUCAAAUUUGGGGACAUCCUGCAUGUGGUCAACGCUUCAGAUGACGAGUGGUGGCAGGCCAGACAGGUCACAGCUCAAGGAGAGGUGGAGGAGAUGGGGGUUAUCCCCAGCAAGAGGAGAGUGGAGAAAAAGGAGAGAGCCAGGUUAAAGACGGUUAAAUUCAACUCCAAGUCACGAGAAAAAGGGUCCCUCAAUGACAAGCGUAAAAAGAACCUCUUUUCCCGCAAGUUCACCUUCUACAAGAACAAGGAUGUGAGCGAGCAGGAAACAAGCGAUGUGGAGCAGCAUGUCACCUCUAAUGCCAGUGAUAGUGAGAGUAGUUACCGCGGACAGGAGGAAUAUGUGCUGUCUUAUGAGCCAGUCAGUCAGCAGGAAGUAAACUACUCUCGACCGGUGAUCAUCUUGGGUCCGAUGAAAGACAGAGUAAACGAUGACCUGAUAUCAGAGUUCCCGGACAAAUUUGGUUCCUGUGUUCCCCAUACGACAAGGCCGAAGCGAGAUUAUGAGGUGGACGGCAGAGACUACCACUUUGUUGUGUCCCGAGAGCAGAUGGAGAGAGAUAUACAGGAGCACAAGUUUAUCGAGGCCGGCCAGUACAACAGCCACCUGUACGGGACCAGUGUGCAGUCGGUCAGAGAGGUGGCGGAAAAGGGCAAACACUGCAUUCUAGAUGUGUCUGGUAACGCCAUCAAGAGGCUGCAAGUGGCUAUGCUUUACCCCAUCGGCAUCUUCAUCAAACCAAAAUCAGUGGAGAACAUCAUGGAGAUGAACAAAAGACUGACGGAGGAGCAAGGCAGAAAGACGUACGACAGAGCCAUGAAGCUGGAGCAGGAGUUCAUGGAGCACUUCACAGCCAUCGUUCAGGGGGACACUUUAGAGGAGAUCUACGAUCAAGUCAAGCAGAUCAUCGAGGAACAGUCAGGGCCAUACAUAUGGGUACAGUCCAAGGAGAAACUAUGAAGGCCUUCAGGAGUUUGAUCAUCCCUUCUUCUCUGCCUGCUUUAUUUAUUGAUUCUCUCACUUUUUGGUUAACUUUUUUUUUCUUCCUCCAACUGACCGCGUUCGCUCAACAGAUUAAUUCCUUAAUCUCUGUUCAGUCCCGCAUCUUCACCUCCUGACUGACUUCUAGAGAAAGACGAUCUGUCGGAUCUCCACUGCUUCCACGCUUACAGAAAGCCAAGCUAUGCUAGACCAGCAUCUGUUUACCAGGGCUUCGGAAACGGUACAGUUCCUUAAUGUUUAAGGGAGGUUGCUAUGUACGGACAAGAGAUCUGCAUUUGAAGUGUCGUUUUAUUAUAAUUCAACCUGCUCGAUCCUGUGUCGAUGGAAACACGGAACUCACGUCUCAGGCAUCGAAAUGGUGAGAGAGUCACACACACACUCACACACACAAAAAAAAGCUAAACUUUGCACGUUGUAGCUAUUUAAGACCAGGUGUUUUUCGGCCCUUUCGUCUCGUCACAAAUCCUGCACAUUGAUUUGGUUGGUUUGUUUUCCUCCCGUGACUGUUGUAUCGGCAUGUGUCUUGUUCUUCCUCAUCUGAUCGUCUGCUUUUUUUUUUUUUUGUUUUGUUUUGUUUGGAGCCGUGUGUGUUUUUGCCGAUGUCCCGCUGCACAGGCGUCGAAAGCGUGUGCCGUUAGAAUGUCCGAGUCUACAAUCAGUGUCUUAACACAAGAGUACCUGUUUUCAACACCUUUGAUUUACAUCUAGGGGAUAAAAAGUCUGCCAUUUAUAAGGAACUGCUAUUUUUAAAGAGGCAAUAAAGAAAUUUAUUGUACGAUGAGAUCUUUAACCCUCCAUAAACUGCCUAUUUUGUUAUAAUAAAAGUCUAUAUUGAGCUUUACGUAA